AUGUAUUUCUCAGUCAAAUUUCUCGCAGUCGCUAUUGCGUUGUCAUGCAUAGUAAAUGCUGAAUGCCGCAAUUCGAGUCCUGGCUCCCCUACAUUUGGCGGGGCCAGUUGCCGUCAAGGAAUCGGUUUCGACCACACAUGCGACGAUAAAUCAGCCUUCUUCAAGUGUUGUUCUAAUUCAAACUGUACCUAA